AGGAGAAAGACGUAUCGCAACCUUUAGAUGUGACUGCAGAGGGGUAAUACUACAUAAAGACGUCAGAGGACGACAUGUAGGCGCAUAUUACGACUUGUGUUGGGACACAGCAAGAUCAACAAGCGGCUGUGUAUUUACAUAUUCAAAAGUAGCAGUAACGUGAACAAACAAAAACGUACAUGGCAACAAGACACAGGUGAAGCGAAAUACAUGGCAAUCAAACAUGGGUCUGACAUAGCUAUUUGGUUCAUAAACGUUAUGAAGCACUUCGGAAGAGAACUGGAAUCAUCAAUACCAUUCAAAACAAACAAUACUGCUGCCUUAAUAAAUAUUAUCAACCCGGAUCUAUCACUGGCCUCAAACACAUAAGAGUACAAUAUCAUGCAGGUAAGGAAAGACACGAACAAAAAGAAAUAGAGGUAAAAGGAAUUCGCGCCCAUGAUCAAUUGCCAACAUUUUCCACUAAAGCACUAAAUGGAAACCAAUUACGGAUGUUAUGUAAAGGAAUUGGCAUCAACAUAUCCAAUAACAAUACAGUAAAAUACACAUCAACAAUAAAUGAUCCGCAGUAUACACAGCAGAAGGAGUGUCAGAAUAGCUACAGAGCUGAACAUACAGCAUCAUUUAGUCAAUAACAAGCGUGUUUAUUAUUUAUGAAUCAACACCUUACCGGUAAAAAAUAUACAAAAAAUAUGCCAAAGUCGUUCUUACAUGCAUCUUGUAUUUUUAACACAAAGUUCUUAUGUUCUUCGCUUGUUAGAACUGUUGGCUCAAUUUAAAGAUCCAUUUCGUGAAAGAAACAAUCGGAACAUUACAAUCAGAAACAUUACGUGAACUAACAAACUGAUGUUCAUCUGUGGCUACGUUUCCUACUCCUCAUGUAAGUAUAAUCAAGUAUUAUUGUGAUCCAGCUUUUAAACCUCCAUAAAAGUGCUUGUAAACUGUUGU